AGAAGGGUAACUGGUUCUGCCGAAGACUCGGACUGGAGACCGGAUCUGGCUAGACAUGGAUUUAUGAAAAUUCCAUAUUUAAAUUAGGCAGCUAAUUACGUUUUUUUUGCUUUAAAUUAGAAGUCGAUUCCAAAUUUAUAUCAUAUCGAUGAUGACGUUAGCAAUGAAAAUCUAGUUAUCACGGUAGCCUAUUACUUUACCCGAAUGACUGCUUUUAUUACUAAAAAGCCCCAACACGCACGUUGCAAUCGCUCUGUUUCUUAAUGUCUAAUGUAUUUUUUUUAAUCGAAUAUCCUUUGAGCCUUUUGCAACUGCGUGGAUCUGGGACCCGGAAGAGGCUGGUAUUGGAACCGAAGUCUCUCAUCCAGGAAUCUGGCUUCAGCUGCGGGGGAAGCGUCUGUUUUAGACUCUCAGCUGGCGAGGAUUCAGAGAAGCAGUGGGCACUAAAAGCAAGAUGGGUAUCUCCGACUCCAAGCUUAAUUUCAGGAAAGCGGUGGUACAGCUCACAACCAAGACCCAGCCUGUGGAGGCCACUGACAACACCUUCUGGGACCAGUUCUUUGCUGAAACGGCUAACUCUGUCCAGGAUGUUUUCACCAUGGUGCCAGCCGCUGAGAUCCGAGCCGUCCGUGAGGAGUCGCCCGCAAACCUCGCUACUCUCUGCUACAAGGCUGUGGAGAAGUUGGUCCAAGGAGCUGAGUCAGGCUGCCCCACUGAGAAGGAGAAGCGGGUGGUUUUGAGCUGUGCCCGGCUGCUGACCCGGAUCCUGCCCUACAUUUUCGAGGACCCCGACUGGAUUGGAUUCUUCUGGUCCGGCAUUGGUCAGGCCAGGGCGGAAGAAGUGGAGGACGAUGAGGAAGACUCCCAUCCUCUGGCUGAGUCUCUCCUGCUGGCCCUCGCCGACUUGCUGUUCUGCCCUGAUUUCACUGUACAAAGCCAGCUGAGGGGCGGGGGCCCAGACACAGCAGAGAGCACCCAGUACUUGGACAGCUGUGAGUACAUCUGGGAGGCUGGUGUUGGGUUCGCUCAGUCCCCCCCUCUCAAUUACGUGCACGACAUCAACAGGACUGAGCUGCUCAGGCUGCUGCUGACCUGCUUCUCAGAGGCUAUGUUCCUGCCUCCUUCCCCUCAGCACAGCGUCCUCAACCCCUGGGUCACCUUCUUCUGCUCCACAGAAAACCGGCAUGCCCUGCCCCUCUUCACCUCCCUCCUCAAUGUGGUGUGCGCCUACGAUCCUGUGGGCUACGGCAUCCCCUACAACCACCUGCUCUUUUCCGACUCCCGUGAGCUGCUGGUGGAGCACGCCGUGCAGAUCCUCAUCGUGACCCUGGAGCACCAGUACGGAGUCCCUGCGGAGAGCCCCAGCACGGAGCGGCCCAGGACCCCGUCCAGCACCAGCGAUGAGGAGCCAGAGGGACCAGAGAACCUCUUUGUGAAUUAUUUAUCGAGAAUCCACAGAGAAGAGGACUAUGAGUUUGUCCUGAAAGGCCUGGCUCGUCUUCUAACAAACCCCCUCACCCAGACAUACCUUCCCAACUCUACAAAAAAGAUCCAGUUCCACCAGGAGCUGCUGGUGCUUUUCUGGAAGUUGUGUGACUUCAACAAGAAAUUUCUGUACUUUGUGCUGAAGAGCAAUGAUGUGCUGGAUGUCCUGGUGCCCAUUUUGUACUACCUGAAUGAUGCUCGUACCGACCAGGCCCGCGUAGGCCUGCUGCACAUCGGCGUCUUCAUCCUGCUGCUGCUGAGUGGUGAGAGGAACUUUGGCGUGCGUCUGAACAAGCCGUAUGCGGUGCACGUGGCCAUGGAUGUACCUGUCUUCACCGGGACACACGCCGACUUGCUUGUCUUGGUGUUCCACAAGAUCAUCACCAACGGACACCAGCGUCUGCAGCCAUUAUAUGACUGCCUGCUCACCAUCAUCGCCAACGUUUCACCCUACCUGAAAAGUCUGUCCAUGGUGGCCUCCAACAAGCUUCUGCACCUUCUGGAAGUUUUCUCCACCAGUUGGUUCCUCUUCUCCAGCCAGCAGAACCACCAGUUGGUCCUUUUCCUGCUUGAGGCUUUCAACAAUAUUGUUCAGUACCAGUUUGAUGGCCACAGCAACCUGGUCUAUGCCAUCAUCCGCAACCGUACCACCUUUCACCAACUGGCCAGCCUGCCGACUGACCACGUGUCUAUUCAGAAAGCUUUGCAGCGCAAGCAGCGACCAGCAGGGGGCGUCUUUCCUUCCGACUCCCAUGAGGGGGGUUCCAUAGAGGGCUCGUGCCCACAGGUGGCCUCUGAGCCAGGCACCCUCAAGACCAGCCUUGUCGCUAUGCCAGAUAUUGACACGCUGACAGAGAAGUCACAGGUCUUGGAGGGACGGGUCACGGUCUCGCUUCAGUCAUCUGACGUUCUUCAGACCCCCCCUUUGAGCCAUACUGGUGUGACCAGUGGUAGCGACACCGAGUCUAAUUUGGCACAGGACAAUGAGGAUGUCUUCUACAGUGACACAGAGAUGGAGCAGAAGCUUCCUGCUAUGACAUCCACCUGCAGCUGGACCCCCACACCAGACUGGGUGCUUUCCUGGAAGAGCCAGCUUCCCCUACAGACAGUCCUUCGCCUACUGCAGGUGCUGGUUCCCCAGGUUGAGAAGAUCUGCAUUGACAAGGGUUUGACUGAUGAGUCAGAAAUCCUGAAGUUCCUCCAACAUGGCACGCUGGUCGGUCUCCUGCCGGUCCCGCACCCCAUCCUGAUCCGAAAGUACCAGGCCAAUGCCGGCACCACCAUGUGGUUCCGCACCUACACGUGGGGAGUGGUCUACUUGAGAAACGUGGAUCCUCCAAUCUGGUAUGACACAGAUGUUCGCCUGUUUGACAUCCAAAGGGUGUAGAUGGAUACCUGAGGGACCUGGAUGGAGUAGGUCAAAGGUCUAAGGUGGGGGGAGGACUGAAUGCCAGAUCCUAGAGAUGCUGAAGUGUAUCGGCACUUCUGCAAUGCUGGGCCAAAUAGGCAAGAUGGCCAGGAGGACAUUUUAGAGAUGAGGCCACCUCAUCUCACGUUUCCUUUUGCAGCUGUUUUCUGUGGACAUCUGUGUAAUAUAGUCAAAUAUCAGCCACAUGCUCACCUGAUUUUCACAUAAUUUUGGAUUAUUUGAACAUGCCAUGUAUAUAAUAGCACAUUUGUUGCAUUUUAGUAACCUUAUUUAUGUGAAAUGUAAUAAAUUAUGAAUUAGCUAUGGGAGCCAUUGUCUUCUAAUGUUUCCUGAUAAUGGAUUUCAGUCCAGCUUGGCAUCUUAGUGUCUUGUACGUUUUUGUGAUGCCUGCAUGCAUAAAAGCUUAGGAUUCCAUUGCCUUUAAAAGGUGUGUUUCACCAUAUAAAAUUCUCAGAAUGUAGCUCCUUGUUAACUCUUUGACUCCAGCUUGGAGGAGCCGCUGGGAUGACAAGGUACUUAUCCACUCUGGCGGGAUGCCCAUUUUCAUCGCAUGACAUUACUGGAUGUGUUUGUCACUGAAUAUGUGUAUACCAGAGAUAUAUAAGAUUAUUUCCUGAAUUUCUGAGCAGCAUUGGAUUUCAUGAAAAUGCCAUGCUAUACGGGUUGGUCUGUGUUUCCUUGUUUCCUCUUUAUUAAGUGUAUAUGACAGACCUGCCAUUGCUUUAAAGACAUGCAGCCUGUAUUACUCAUUAACUAGGUUUAUGAGCUCUCAGGUGCAGUAUCACAUGUCACAGUUUUUAAUAUGUUUAUAUUGCUGUGUUUGUGUACAGUAAACAGUCUAACUUGCAAGUA